AGGAAGACAACACCGGUCACUGGGUGAUACAGAUGGAGUCUAAUCAGCAGGAUGAUCCGGAGCCCAGUAAGGAUGACCUGCCUUUGAGAGCUAACGCAAAUCUCAUCCUGGUCAGACACUAUGUGUUGGACCUCAGUGUUGACUUCCAGACAGAAGUCAUUGGCGGUAGUAUUGUCCUGUUUCUUGAGCCUUGUAAAGGACCUGACAAGACAGGGGAGUUAGACUUGGUAUCCCCAUCCCAGAAAGGUGAUCUAAACUUUCCAUAUGUUUAUGAUGAUGAAAAAGCUAGAGACUUUAGACAUGCUACACGUGCACUUGAAAUCAUGGUAUCACAAGGAAGCCAAAAUGUUGUAAGUAACAUGUCAUGGGAUGCUGUGAGUGAGGACUUCACCUUGAUUUUAGACUGUUGUGACCUGUCCGUGUCCAAGGUGGAAGAAGUGGAUGUCUGUACUGUUUCUGAACUCAGGAAACUUCUAGAAGUUGACCAGGUGCCUCUGGACUCCACUCAGGAUUCAUCGUUUGGUUUAGUGCAGAGGCUCAUCUCUAUUCCUUCAGCCAGAUGGAGACAGCAGCAGGAUCUGUAUCUCCAGUGCAGCUGUGCCUGUGCUGUCAGUCAAACUGAGCCUUUGCUGUUUCACAUGGACCAGUGGAGUCUUCAAAUCAGGAAGAAGGGGGUUCGAGACCCUCAUGCCUUCCCUCGUGCACUUAGGAUCUGGUACAAGACAAAGCCCACAGGAGGCUCUGUGAGGUGGACCAAGGACCAGGAUGGCGGGUGUUGUGUUUACACCAUGGGUUCACCGAUCAAUAACCGGGCUCUCUUCCCCUGCCAAGAACCACCUGUUGCAAUGUCAACAUGGCAAGCCCAUGUGAAAGCCCCUUGUGAAUAUACGGUUCUGAUGAGUGGUGAAAAUCAGGCUGUUCCUGUACCUGAAGAGACAGGUUUUUUACAAUGGCAUUAUUAUGUUACUAUGCAAAUGCCUGCCUCGACUUUUACUAUAGCAGUCGGUAAGUGGCAGGAAGCCAAAUCAUUGCCUCACAACCAUGAAGAGGAGAAAAGUGAGGAGUCUUGGACAAAAUCAGGCCGCAGAACGUUUGAUCAUCCAGGAAGUUGGCCUGAGAACCAAAGCAGUAUAAACCAAAGCUCACAUUAUAAGGAAGAAGAUGAGAAGAAGUUUUGUGCCCAUGUAGAUUAUCCAUGUCGUUUUAUGUGCAAAGCUUCGAUUACCCAGGUGGUAAUACCCCACCGGGUUUUUGCUCCGUCUUGUCACCUGCACAAAGCUGAGUCCACACUCCUGCCACUUUUGCCCUUUUGUUUGGCUGCUGCUCACUCUGUAUUAGGCAUCCACCCAUUCUCACGCCUGGAUGUGCUCAUUGUUCCUCCAGGGUUCUCCAGUCUGGGCAUGGCCAGCCCACAUAUCAUCUUCCUGUCCCAGAGUAUGUUAGCGGGUAGCAAAAUCCUGUGUGGGACAAGGUUGUGCCAUGAGAUUGCUCAUUCCUGGUUUGGUUUAGCAAUCGGGGCGCGGGACUGGACAGAGGAGUGGAUCAGCGAAGGAUUUGCUACAUACCUAGAAGACGUGUUCUGGGCCAAAAUCCAACAGUCACAAAUGGGCAGCACUGAACAUGCGGAGCAGACACAGCUGAAGGCUCUGCUGCGUUGGAGAAGACUGAAGGAUGAGUGUGAGAACUCAGAAGAGGAGCUGCAGGUCCUUAGGCCCAAUAAGGACACUACAGGAGAGGUCAGUGAGUCUGGAGCCUCCAUCGUGAAGCAUGGCCUUAACCCAGGAAAACCAUUCAUGCAAGUGCACUACCUCAAAGGUUACUUUCUCCUGAUGUUCCUGGCUGGUAAAGUAGGUGAGGAUGAGUUCUUGAGCUUCUUCAGACUUUUCGUGAGAAGAUUUCAUGGGCAGCUUAUUCUAUCUCAGGACUUCCUUCAGAUGUUUUUGGAUACAUUCCCAGCUUUGAAAAGCCAAGGCCUCACUCUUGAAUCUGUUUACUCAGACUGGCUGGAUACACCUGGAAUUCCGAAGUGGCUUGGAGAAGCCAGCUCGACGUGGUCACGAUCUCCGCCAGUCACACAAGUCACACAGGAGGUUAUAAAAUGGAUGCACCUCAGUGGAGGCACUCGAAAGGGCACCAAGCGGAAGAGAGCAGGGACCAAGGUGAACUUCAAAGAGUUGAAUCCAUGGCAGCUGGUCCUGCUGUUGGAAUUCCUGCUAGAAGAGACAGAGCUGAGUGCGUCCUGUCUCAGCCUGCUGCAAAUGACGUACAAACUGCGGAACCAGGAUGCUGAGGACCAGAUGCAGGCUCUCUUCUUCAGGCUCAGUCCUCAGAGUGUGAAAUCAGCUCAGGGAAUUCCUCAGCAACACACGGGCGUUUGACAUCACAGCUAAUCACCACCUUUUUCAAAGAGGGGAGAAAAUAUAUACAUUACACACACAGAACAACCGAGAAAAUACGUUCUAAGGAACCCAAGUGUAUCAUGGUAGAGAACUCUUACAUUCAUAUUAUCAAUUAAUAAUAUUUUUAAACUCAAUGUUGUUCUGCUCCACUGGAAGAAUUUCACUAGACUACACCAACUGCAGAAGCAAAUACAUGCUAACUCCAUUACAAACAUAGCAAGCUGACUCAUAUUUUCAUGCAAAACAUGACACCUCAGCAUAAGACAGUUAGUUAGGACUAUUUGAAAAUACAAAGGUCAGUUUCUGGGAUUUAAUCUUGCUUGGUCAGAGGAUGCUAUAACUACUGAAAUGCUACUGCUAUACAGCUUUUAUUGCUACAUUAUUUAAGCACCAUGGCAAUGAAAUAAUUCAUAUUACAGUAGUGCUUAUUUCCAUUGUGACUUCCAAUUAUGUGACUUCAUUGUCAGUUCUAUUGUUCUUUUUUAUAUGUCAUGUUUAUGUUGUUUUAAGGAUUUUGGAAAUAAAAUGAAAGGUGCUCUACAAUGCUUUAUAUGAUCAUAACCUGAUCUUAGCUGGAUAAGGAAGUAUACUGGACAUGUGCAACAGCAGUGUAGUUCUUAAAUUAGAUUUAGCUUUAGUUUUAGUGCAGGAGAGCACUAUAGUAGUAUAAGGCUGGAUGUGGUAUAUGUAAUGGUGGUUUAAGAAAGACUGGGACAGAGCAAAAGAACAGAGGAGGAGGCUGUGCUGAGAGACUGAGGCCAGCUGGAAAACCAACAAUGAUUGAUUUAGGUAACCUUUAGAUUUAGCCACAUCUUUGUGCUGGGGGGGUGGGGGAAGGGAGAGGAAGAAUUACUACUCCCUCAUGUCUACAAUAUGUAAAGACAUUGAUUUUAUUAAAAUACAAGAACAAAUUUGUGCCCAGUUGUCAAUCAAGUUUGUCAGCAGUACUUCUGGCCUUAUUACUUUUUAUUUUUCAGGUAAAUUGCUGAGUGUACAGCACACCAUCUUCAACUGGUUGUCUUUCCCAUUUUUAUACAAUAUCAGCCAACAUCAAGGCUUGGGUAUUAGCUGAUAUCAGAUACUGGCCUCAAUACUGACAUAGUUUUAGUAAUCUAGCCUGCAAUCAGUUAGCUUCGGUUUAAGUUAUGCAGAAAACAAAUAAAAACAGUAGUGACAUGA